AUGGCAUGUGGUGGCAAAACAAUUUCAAGCAAGUUAUAUAAUCGAGAAGAUCUUAACAGAGCUCAGGGGUAUAUUGACAGAAGACAAAGUAAUUCAGACCAUAAGCUUAUACCCAUUGCAUAUGACGAAGAUGGUCAUUUACAAUUAAAUCUCGAUGCCUUAAAAAGAAUACUUUCAAACCCCUUGAUAGGUGAUAAACCGAUAUCUAUCAUUUCUGUUGCUGGGCAAUACAGAACAGGGAAGUCGUUUCUGCUGAAUUUCUUCAUUCGGUAUCUGCGAAAAAACGGGUGGAAAAACUGUGAUUGGAUUGGAGAUGAAUCAACCAAAGUUACAGAUGGAAUUGAUUGGGAAAAAGGAACAGAAGCGCAUACGAAAGGAAUAUUAAUGUGGCCGGAAAUUUUUGUUGUAGAAGAUUGCGGAAAUGACGUUGUUGUUCUUUUAAUGGAUACACAAGGAUUGUUUGAUACAGAUACAGGAUCGGACACAAAUGCAAGAAUUUUAUCAGUCAGCACUUUGCUGAGUUAA